CUUGCUAACAACUUCGCUUGCAACACAAUUCGAGACGUUUCUUCCACGUGUACCUCUUAGCAUAGCGUCUCAUAAAGUCUCCGUUUCCGAUUGAUUUGGUUUUCCUUUCCCAGCUCACUAUUCGACCGCUUCGGUGCGACCACAGCCCACCAUGGUCCGCCUACGAGAAAUACCCCGGACGGCAACAUUUGCUUGGUCGCCGGGACCAGCCCAGCCGUUGAUAGCUACUGGAACCAAGUCUGGAGCUGUCGAUGCUGAUUUCUCUGGCGACACACAAUUGGAGCUCUGGGAGCUCAGGUUGGAUGAUUCCGAGCAUGGAGUAGAGCUUGAGCCUAUUGCAACAGUAAAUGUGGAGUCGAGAUUCAACGACAUUGCCUGGAGCCAACCCAGCGAGCAGUACCCCAGGGGAAUAAUAGCGGGGGCCCUCGACAGCGGCGCAUUGGUCCUUUGGGAUGCAGAGAAGCUGCGGACAGGUGCAGGAGACGCUCAGAUUGAGCAGAUUGACAAGCACACCGGACCCAUUCAAGCCCUCCAGUUCAACCCUUACCGAUCGAACAUUCUUGCCUCUGCAGGCGCGAAGGGCGAGCUUUACAUCCACGAUCUCGACGAUCAAUCGAAGACCUUCCGUUUAGGCAAGGCUGGAGCGAACCCUGAUGAAUACACCACAUUGGACUGGAACAAGAAGGUUGCGCACAUUUUGGCGACUGGAAGCAGUGGAGGCUUUGUUACUGUUUGGGAUGUCAGAGCGAAGAAGGAGACGCUCACAUUGAACCACUUUGGCAGGAAAACAGUCAGUGCUGUGUCAUGGGACCCCGAAGUCCCCACAAGGCUCGUCACAGCAAUUCCUACCGACCAGAAUCCUCUCGUUCUGGUCUGGGACCUCCGCAAUACGAACGCGCCCGAGAAGACUCUCCAAGCGCACGACCAGGGUGUACUGUCCCUGUCGUGGUGUACACAGGAUAGCGAUAUCCUGCUGUCCUGCGGCAAGGACAACCGAACAAUCGCAUGGAACCCGCACAGCGGCGAACAGUUGGGCGAGUUCCCAGUCGUAACAAACUGGACGUUCCAGACACGAUUCAACCCAUCAAACCCGAACCUACUCGCUACUGCAUCGUUCGACGGCAAGAUUGCGAUUCAGACCCUGCAGAACACUGGAGCUGCAACAGAGCAGAGCAAGGCAGCUGCUCAGGCGCCAGAGGGCGAGGAUUUCUUUUCGCAGACACACGUCGAGCCCCAGGGCGCAUCUUUCUCACUCAAGACGCCCCCUAAGUGGCUGAAGAGGAGGGCCGGUGUGGCUUUCGGUUUCGGUGGAAAGCUGGUACGAUUUGGUGUUCAUGACUCCAAGUCAAAGAUCACCAUCUCUACAUUUGCUGUAGAUUCGCAGAUUGGUGACGCCAGCCAGGAAUUCGACAAGGCGUUGGAGCAGGGUGACCUCACGGCCAUCUGCGAGAACAAGAUUGCUGAGGCAGCUACCGAGGAGGAGAAGGCCGACUGGACGGUCAUCGAGACUUUGAUGUCAGAGAACCCCCGAAGCAAACUUGUCGAAUACCUCGGAUUUGCCGAUACACAGGAGGAGGAGCCAGCAGAGGAGAAGAAAGAGCUCGAAUCGAACGGCGCUGAUGACGGUGCCUCCUUUUUCGACCAGUCUGGUACGGACGAGGGCAACUUUCUAUCCGACCUUGCUGCUUCGAAGGGUGCAAAGACGAACAACCCCUUCCAAGUCUACACGGGCGAGGAGUCUGACGCUGACAAGAAGAUCACUCGUGCUCUCAUGCUCGGCAACUUUGACGUCGCUCUUGAUGUUUGUCUGAAGGAGAACCGUCUGUCAGAUGCUUUCAUGGUCGCUAUUUGCGGCGGAGAGAAGUGUGUCGCAAAGGCUCAAGCUGCGUACUUCAAGAGGCAGUCCGACGCACCGAACUACCUCAGGCUGCUUGCUUCAGUGGUUGGCAAGAAUCUCUGGGAUCUUGUAUACAACGCCGAUCUCAAGGACUGGAAAGAAGUCAUGGUUACCCUUGCUACUUUCGCGGACCAGUCAGAGUUCCCCGAUCUCUGUGAGGCGCUGGGUGACCGUCUGGAGGAGGCUAUCUCAGAGGAAGCUGGAUCUAACCGCAAGGAUGCAUCCUUCUGUUACUUGGCUGGCUCCAAGCUCGAGAAGGUUGUUGUCAACUGGACGCAAGAGCUCAAGGAGAACGAAGCUGCUGGUCUAGAGAAGUCCGAGGAGGACAACAGCUUCUCAAUCCAUGCCAGGUCGCUGCAAGAUUUCAUUGAGAAGGUCACAGUGUUCCGUAAGGUGACCAACUUCAGGGACGCUGAGCAGCAGAAGGACGCCGAUUGGAAGCUUGAGCCUCUAUACGCGAAGUAUGUCGAGUACGCUGACAUCGCGUCUUCGCACGGACAGCUCGCUAUCGCAGAGAAGUACCUGGAUCUGCUUCCCGCGAAGUACCCUGCCGCCGAGGUUGCGAAGGACCGAGUCAAGCGCGCAACCCAGAAGGCUGCACCACAGGCGUCUGCUCAACGGCAAUCGCAGCCCGCCACUGGUAAUCGCCUUACACGCGUUGUUCCUACUCCAACACCAGCCCAACAGAAUCCGUAUGCGCCAUCGAAUCCGCUAUCAACACCUGCACCAGCAGCCUCACCUUACGCACCCAUCAAUCCACUUGGACACCAGGCUCAAGCUCAAGCACAGUCGCAGGCACCAGCUCGAAACAACCCAUACCUACCUACGCCUAAUGCUUUUGGCCAACCGCAGCCUUCCGUUCCCCAGACUGGAGCUGGAUAUGGUGGCUAUGGUCAGACUCAGCAAACCUCGCUGCCACCUCCUCCACGCAGCGGCUUCGGCGGGAUGCCCGCCACGUCCACUGUUCCUGCAGUCAGCCGUGGUCACAUCCCUGCAUGGAAUGAUACCCCUGAUUUCGGUCCGCCCAAGCCAGCAUCGCGUCGUGGAACUCCUCUCAACACGGUAGGCUCACCUUUCCCUAACCAGCAGUCAGCAUAUGGCGCGACACCUCAAGGUCCACCGCAGGGACGGCCAACACCUCCGCCUCCACCUAAGGGGCCGCCUCAGGGACCUCCGCGAGUGAUGUCGCCGCCUCAGUCGAGUGCUUCCCCAUCUGCGCCUAACCCCUAUGCCCCAGUGCAACCGACUGGCUUUGCUCCUCCCCAGCAACCUCCAGUACAGCGUGGAGCUUCACCGUAUGCUCCACCAACUUCGGCAGCACCGGCAUCGAACCGCUAUGCUCCGGCGCCGGGUUCGCAGCCUUCCCCUGCCCCAGCAUACGGAGGCAUGCCACUGCCCCGAAACAUUGCACCACCACCUACCCAGUUCACACCCGCAGCGUCGCCUUACGCUCCCUCGCCAGCUCAACAAGCACCAGCAGCAGUAGUAGCACCGCCGCCACCAAGAGGUCCGCCUCAAGGACCCCCUCGUGCCGCUCCCCCAUCUGGAGGACUACCCCAGGGUGGACCACCAAGACCUGACUCUCGCUCCAGUCCUGCGCCACCACCGGCCGCUGCACCCGCUGCACCCGCUGCAGCUAAGCACCCUCGUGGCGAUCGAUCGCACAUCCCCGCAGGCUCUCAACCGAUCUACGACAUUUUGAAUGCGGACAUGCAGCGCGUCAAGGCGAAAGCCCCUGAGAAAUUCAAGGCACACGUGAUUGAUACCGAGAAGCGUCUCAACAUCCUGUUCGAUCACCUCAACAACAAUGAUGUCAAGCCGGAUACCGUCCAGCAGCUGAACGAGUUGGCAAGCAACAUUCAGGCUCGGCAAUAUGAUCAGGCUGGCGUGAUAUUCUCGGACAUCAUGACAAACAAGACAGAUGAGGGCAGCGACUGGAUCGUUGGUAUCAAGAGGCUGUUGCAGUUCAGCAAGUCCACCCAGUAGAUGACGGUAUAGACAUGAGUUACGGCCUGGACGUAAUGAGGUUAGCAUAUUAGCGUAGUGUACGACAUAGACAUGAUCAAAACAUUCGUCAAUGUCAUACCCUCCUUGGGAUGUGUGUAUACUUCUGUGGUGAGUCGCCGUAGUGGCACUGUGCCUUCUCACGUGCAGACAUAUG